AAUAAACCAGGCAGUGACAGAAAUCAGCACAGGGCCCCUUAGAGGCAGCAUCAGUGUCACUUUUCCAGCCUCCUCAGGGUUGCUCUGACGUUGCCAUCAGAGCCUGCAGAGCCAGAGCUGCCCCUGGGCAGUGCCAGGGCUGGGAGGGGUCUGCAGGGCAGAACUGAGCCCCCAGGGCUGGGCUGGGCUCUGGCAGCACUGGCAGGGCCCAGCCCCGGGCACAGGGAAGCAGCUGCUGGCAGGGACUCUGCUCCAGGCAGCAGAGCCCUGAGCAGGCAGUGGGGGGAAAGGGCCAACAAGCUGUGCUGGCAUUUGAAAGUCCUCUCCAAACCCAACCAUUCCAUGAUGACUUUUUAUACAGAUCCUCAUGCCAAGACAGUGCAAAUGUCCAACAACAGCUCCAUCAGCCACUUCCUCCUGCUGGCAUUGGCAGACACGCGGCAGCUGCAGCUCCUGCACUUCUGCCUCUUGCUGGGCAUCUCCCUGGCUGCCCUCCUGGGCAACGGCCUCACCAUCAGCGCCGUAGCCUGCGGCCAGCACCUGCACACGCCCAUGUUCUUCUUCCUGCUCAACCUGGCCCUCAGCGACCUGGGCUCCAUCUGCACCACUGUCCCCAAAGCCAUGCACAAUUCCCUCUGGGACACCAGGACCAUCUCCUACACAGGAUGUGCUGCACAGGUCUUUUUCUUUCUGUUCUUUAUCACAGCAGGGUAUUCCCUCCUGACCAUCAUGUGCUACGACCGCUACGUGUCCAUCUGCAAAGCCCUGCACUACGGGACCCUCCUGGGCAGCAGAGCUUGUGCCCACAUGGCAGCAGCUGCCUGGGCCAGUGCCUUUCUCAAUGCUCUCAUGCACACGGCCACUACGUUUUCCCUGCCUCUGUGCCAGGGCAAUGCCCUGGGCCAGUUCUUCUGUGAAAUCCCACAGAUCCUCAAGCUCUCCUGCUCACAAUCCAAUACCCUCAGGGAAGUUGGACUCAUUGCACUUAGCGCCUGUUUGGUAUUUAGUUGUUUUGUGUUUAUUGUUUUCUCCUAUGUGCAGAUCUUCAGGGCUGUGCUGAGGAUCCCCUCUGAGCAGGGUCGGCACAAAGCCUUUUCCACCUGCCUGCCUCACCUGGCCGUGGUUUCCCUGUUUGUCAGCACUGGCAUAUUUGCUCAGUUGAAGCCCCCCUCCAUCUCCUCUCCAACCCUGGAUCUGGCCCUGUCAGUUCUGUAUUCGGUGGUGCCUCCAGCCCUGAACCCCCUCAUCUACAGCCUGAGGAACCAGGAGCUCAAGGCUGCAGUGUGGAGACUGAUGACUGGAUGCUUUCAGAAACAUUAAACUGCUGGCCAAUUUCUGCAAAUCCCUUGUAAUAAAAGUCAUCUUUGAU